ACAUCUUAACUUUGCGCUGUUGUUAAAAUUAAAUUAAAUUGAGCAUUUCGGUUUAAGUACAGUGAAAAGUUGUUAUUCUGAUUUGUUAUUUAUUUUGUCAAUGUGAUAAGCUAAAUUUUUUGGUGUUUAAUUAGUGCAAUAAAGUGAUAUUAAUCAAUCGUUAUACGUAAGUUAAACAAACCGUGAAGGGUAUUUGCGGCAAACACAGCUGUUUACUUAAACGCGUAAGCGACGCGUUAUACAUGGCGCUUACGUCGUUUUGAACGGAAGAAUCAUCGAGCUACAGUGCACAGACGGUUUCGCUUAAUUACCACUUUACGUUUUAUAAGUUUAUACUUUACAAAACUAAUACGAUGGAGAUUGCCGAUAAAUGCGCCGCUUGUUUAAAUGAGUUAAUUGAUAGUUCUGCAAUGCAUUGUACAUGCUGUAAAGAGCAGUAUCAUUUGUUAUGCCUUAACCUGUCACAGAAUGAAUACAAUGCCUUUACCGAUGACUUUAUAACAAAGUGGACAUGCGAUACGUGCCGCAGCAAGGGCCGCAAGGGCGGCGAUAAAACAAACACCCCAGUACGGGGCGUGUCAUCGCCUCAGCUCGAAUUCGUUACCCAGCGUACUAAGCCGCGCCCAGGGCCUAGUGUAUUAUUUUUAACUGCCAGCGACAUUCGAGAAAUAAUCCGCGAUGAGCUUAACUUUUUCAAGCAACAAAUUAACCCACAGCUUGUUGAAGUCGCUAACGCAGUGUCCACUCUGCAAGCUACCAUAUCGUUUUUUAAUAGUGAACUUGAGGCGAUGAAAGCGUCACAGGCCGCGCAGGCCUCAAAAUUACAAAACAUGCAGGAAGAAAACACCUCCUUACGAUCCGCUGUCCAAUCACUUUCGGCACGACUUGAGCAAAUGGACCAAAACUCACGCUCUGCAAAUAUCGAAAUACAAUGCGUUCCUGAACAUAAGCAGGAGAACCUCGUGAAUAUGGUGCAGCAACUUGGCAAAGUAAUCAAGUGUCCAGUCAGUGACACUCAUAUUCAAUACUGCACCAGGCUAGCCAAGAUGAACAGUUCGUCCUCCCGUCCGCGCUCCAUUUUACUCAAGCUUAGUAGCCCACGACUCCGUGAUGAUUUUCUAGCUGCUGCCAGCAAAUUUAAUAAAAAUAAUCCGGAUGACAAGCUAAAGUCUAGUCACUUGGGUAUCGGCGGUGAUAAGAAGGCUGUUUUUGUAGGCGAACACCUUACUCCUGCGUUAAAAUCAUUGCACGCCGCAGCCCGUACCAAAGCAAAGGAACUUAAGUACAAAUUUGUCUGGAUUCGUGACGGAAGGAUCUUCAUGCGGAAGAACGAAGAAUCGAAUUUUAUCCAUGUCAAAAAUUUAGACGUGCUUCAUAAUUUGUCAUAAUACCGCUAAAA